AUGCAACUCCCAGAGUGUUAUCUCAUUGUAUUACACUUGUAUAACUUCCACGUUCCUUCUCAUACGAGACUGAGCCCACUACCACUGUUCCAAGACUGUGUUCAACAUGCUAAGAUGAUGCAAGUGUCCCAGGACUUCGUAUACUGUAAGAACAUAGCUUCGAACCAAGGUGCAAAGCAUAGAGCUGAGCAAAUCAACAAUGGAACUGCUAUAUUCCACUCACACAACCACAAACGUCCUUGGAUUGAUUUGCAAUUGCCCUCAACGUCCACCAAUCUUACUUCAGUACUCAAUAUGAGUGCUCUGAGCUCAUUCAACACUCAAGGCAUUACUCUACUGCCGAAUCUGCUGCUUUCUGCUCAAUCCGACAGCCAUUCUGACCAAUCUGCUGCAAGUUCCACCAGUUCUGCUACAGAACAUGUCCAAGCCAGACAGGAACACGUCCAGUCCACUACAGGACUGAUCGAAGACACAUCCAUGGCUGCAGAGAACGUCCUAGCACAGCAGUACUGA